CGAAUACAAAACUAAAUAUUACAUUCUGUCCUAGUUAGAUUAUCAACCAAUCUCUAAAGCCAUUGAAAAUGUCUGCACAUGAAAUGUACGCUCAACCAUACAAAAUGAGUACUUCAGAUAGUACUGUGUACAAACCUUUAGUGAAAGACAUACCACCUGAAAUAGGACAUAGCCAAAACGGACCAAAAACAACCUGGUUUCUCUACUUUGCUGCUAUUACAUCAAAUUUAGCUCAACUAACAAUUGGAUUGAUGGGAGCAUGGAUGUCACCAGUUUCAGAACAAAUAUUAUCAACCAACAUGGAUGUUAAUCCUUUGGGAAAACCAGUCACAAUUUUACAAUUAUCUUUAAUUGGAGCAUCUCAAGCAACUGGUUCUGUCAUUGGACCUCUACUCAUUGGAAAAUGUUAUGACAUAUUUGGUAGGAAACCAACUUUAUUAUACUUAUGCUUAACCAUGACAACAUCUUUGAUAUUAUUAUCAUUUUCUUCUACCAUAUACCUGUACAUACCUUUACUCUUCAUAGCGGGAGUCUGUAACGGUGCAAUGAAUGUAGGCCUUACGGUGUAUGUGGGUGAAAUAACCGAAGACCAUAAUAGAGGUAGAUUUAUUUGUUUAGUCCAAGUUGGAGUUCCGAUAGGAAUGAUGUUAAGUUUUCUAACAGGGCCAUACCUCUCAGUAAAAUAUUACACUCUAAUAUGUGCUAUACCGGUCGCUUUAAAUGCUAUUUUCUUUGCCACCAUUUUACCUGAAUCGCCAAUUCAACUUGUUAAAUUCAAACUUCUACGCCAAGCACAAGAUGUAUUAGGACGGCUUAGACAAAAAUCUCCAAAGGAAGUUGAAAUAGAAGUUACCAGAAUACAAAAUGAGUUAGCAAUAACUUCAAAUAAUAAACAAGGAGGUUGCUUCAAAUUACUGUCAGACAAAAGUUCCCGUAAUGGUUUCAUCGUGGCUGUAGUCACGUAUAAUAUGCUGGUAUUGAGUGGCAGUCAGUCUAUGACAAGUUAUUUAGAACCCAUCUUUGACAAAGCAGAAUCUCCAAUCCCUAGUAAUAUUUGUGCUCUACUGGUGACUAUAGUUCAAAUAUUUUGCUACCUUGGUUCAUCAGUUUUUGUUGAAAAAGUGGGUAAAAGAAACCUUAUUCUAUUUUCAACCAGUACGUCAAUAAUUCCGUUAAUAUUAUUUGGUUUAUAUUUCCAGUUAAAGUAUAGCGGAUUUACUUUUGUUGAACAACAUACCUGGUUUCCUAUUGUUGCACUGGUAGUAUUUACCUUAGUAAAUAACAUAGGAAAUGCGUCUGUUCCCGCAGCUCUUAUGAACGAUUUGUUCUCAAACCAAAUGAAGGCUACCGCAGUAGCGACGACGGUUUUAUCAUCUGGAAUUCUUAAUUCUAUUGUGACUUUUGGUAUACCACUCGUUAUGGAAACAGUGGGAAUUCAGUGGUGCUUCUGGAUUUUUGCUGGAAAUUGUGUUUUGGGAACAAUAUUUGUAUAUUUCUUAGUACCAGAAACUAUCAACAUGACUAUUGCAGAAAUACAAGACAUUUUAAGGAAUUUAAUAUAACCGAAUAUUUCUUCUAUAUUUUAAGUUUGGAUUUUUUUUUAGAGCUCAAAGAUUACUUCUACAUUUAAAACUUUGUAUGUAAGCACAUUGCUUAUAAUUAUGCAUCACACUAUAUUAAAUAAAUUUAAAUUUUGUGUCAAAUUGAUUGCUUCAUCGAUAAAAGCUAUCAAAAAUACCGCCCAAACAAAGCUGAAUAUUUUGAAGUGUAUGAAAUUAUUGUCUUUUAAGUGCAGUUUUUUAUGUCCUAUACGUAUUUAAUUCACUUUUGUUUCUUUUUUUUUGAGUGUUAACCUUAUUUUUGCUGUUUUUAAUGUCUAAUGAUCACCUUUAAUAAGGAACAAGCCGUUAAUAUUAUUAUUUGUAAACAUUGAGAAAGUAUUUAACUCAGUCCUUCAUAACAACUCUGCAACCGAAUAUCCAAGGUAAAAUUUCUUAACUUAACUUUAAUACCAUCCUUGAGUUAUGAGCUCUCAGUCGAUAUCUCAUUUGGCACACAGCCAUGAAACUGGAUAGGGGAGUGCAUUUAGAUUUUCACUUCGGAAAAAAUCAAACAAGAUAAAACUUUUUGUAAUUUCAUUAAGAAAUGUUUAAUAAACAACAUACCAAAAAGUUCUACUCGAGAAGUGGGUGCUUCAUUUUUUAUUAAACAAAUGAACAACGAAGUUAGAUGUUUUUUAAAUAACUCCGAAAAUAUAAUCUUUAGAAAAAAACUGACUUGACCAUUGAAAAAUUCAGAAAAUUUUACAAAAAAAACCUUAUAUAAAGAUGUUUCUAAAAUUAAAUCUCUAGCUUCUGUAAUUUUUUAUUUAUAACGCUAAAGUCACCCUUCUCACACACAUUGGCGCACUGUAAACUAGCGUUGGAAGAAGUGCACGGUUGAGUUUUUUUAAUGUAAUUCUUUAACUAAUUGAUCAAGAGAUAUUUUACAAAUUGGAAAUGAAAGAAGAUGAAAUAAGCUAUCCUAUGGUUGUAAUAAAAAGAAAUAAAACGUAUGGACAUAAGUACGGUGUGGGCGGAAAGUGAGCCUUACAUGAAUUUUGUUUAAAAGUGAUUUAAAAAUGUGUAACUACUACAAUUUUACUUAUAAAACUCUCAAAUUUGCACAACUUAACUCUCAAUCAUCUUACUAAAAGAUGCUUUAUUCAAAAAAAAUCUCAAAAAUUUAAUUCAAAUAAUACGAUGUCUCAAAAAAUGUAUUUUUUGAAAACCUCGUAGUUUUACAGAAUUCCCACCACUUUAAGACGGUAUUACUCAAGUUUGAAUAAAUCUAAUACAAUUUUUGUGCUAUUUUUUUAAAUCUUGGGAUGUAAUCUUUAAAAAACACUGAAUUAUUUUAGUUUAAAAGUGAAAUAAACAAUUUAUUUUUGAGAAAACUUAGAAAGAUAACAAAAAUGUAAUACAAAAACCGAAAAUUACCAGCUGAAAAAAUGUAUAUACAGAGUGAUCAAAACUUUUUUCUGUAAAACUUACCUAAAAUACAUUUAAUAAUAAGCUUCAAAAAUAAUAAAUGUUCAACAAAAAAUUUUUUUUUAGCUCUUAUACAGUAUGUCUGCGUAACUUGGGACCUAUUGAUAACUUUUUUAAUAUCAGUUUUACGAAAAAAAGUUAUUCUUUAUAAAAUACUCUGCAUCGUAUAUAACAUAAGACGCAACCAUCAAAUAUCAAUUUUUUUAAAUUUUGUACGAGGUAUGUCAAAAAAUAUGAAUUUCACUCAAGAGUAAAGUACCUUUAUAUUUCACAAUAUUGAAAAUUUUUAUAAAGAAAAGUUGUUUGGAAUUAAAAACUAUGUUUCAAUAUGUAAUUAUAUCCUUUUAAUCGAAAAUUUGUUUUUUUUAAUAGUCUUUCUAAUACAUUUUAAUUUUUAAUAUUAUUCUUGUGGCAUUUUUUACAAUUUUAACUAU